UAAACCAAAUAUUAACUUGCGAGUGAAAGAAAAUGCUCCAGCAAGGAUAUUGCGAUCUAACACACGCGGACGUAUCAAGUGGCAGUGAAACGAACAAUAAUACACCGUUUUCGGUGAAGGACAUACUUAACAUCGUGGAAUCGGGUGCCGGAGUCAUGGAUGGAUAUCUCAACUGUCAGAUGGAAAGCACACCUAAUCACUUUUCGUACACGGCUUACACCGGUUACGACACUUCCUAUCAUCCGCCGGAUCCUUACAGCAUGAUUUCCCAUGGUUAUCUCUCACAAACUCACCACCACCAUGACCUCAACUAUGGACCCUCUACGUACGACUUUAGCUCUCCCUCCGUUCCCUCAGCAGUCCUGCCACCUCAUCUACCACCUCCCCAUUAUUCGCACACUCAAUCGUAUGGAUACCACCAUAACACUACGAUCAGUGCAGCCAAUGGCACGGCUAACGCAACAUCCAGUCCAGCACUCAGUUCCGUAGCGAGCUCUGUGGGGUCCGAGCUUGAGUUGGGAGUGUACGGCAAUUCGGAAAAACCACCGGUAAUGGGCGAACACGAGCACCAAUGUUCUAGCUUUCUGCUCCAGGACGUACGUUCUACCCUACUGGACACUAGCACACCGUUGGAUAUUACGUCCGGUGCGAGAAGUCCACACGACGGUAUCAAAGUAAAAGAUGAAUCCUUUUCGAGCGUUUCCACGUGUGUCACCUCGGAACACGUGCAGGAACUGGACAGCCUGUGUCAGUUGAACAACAACGCCAAUGCCGAAGAGGACAUGAUGCAAAAAGAAUGCAGCACCCAGCUCGUCACGUCGUCUCGUUGUGAGCUGCGCAAGAACGGGAAGCUACGGGCCAAACGAAAGCCUCGUAUUCUGUUCUCCCAGGGGCAGGUGUUGGAGCUCGAGCGGCGGUUUCGACAGCAGCGCUACCUUUCCGCACCGGAACGGGAGACACUUGCUAGCAUCCUGAAGCUGACACCGACGCAGGUGAAGAUAUGGUUUCAAAAUCGACGGUACAAAUCGAAACGCGUCCAGAUUGAGAGUGCCUCAGCGAACAAAUGUGACACAACUUCGACUGGUGGCAGUGGUGGUGGUCCCCGAUGUCCUUCGGAUUCUGGAUCUAGUAGCAAAGAUUACGAUGAGCUGUCGCUCGGAGUUAGUGUUGCAGCGGGACCAGGUAACUAUGGGCCAGGAUUCCAUGGAUCAACGGGUACUAGUACGGGAUCAGGUUCUACGAUGGUAUCAAACAUAAGUUCGUCAAUAGCGGUAGGCUCAUCGUCCACCGUUCCACCACCUCCAUAUCCGGCCUAUGGCAUUCAGUACUCCGAACAGUAUUCAUCUCCCCCUCCUCCACCACCACCUCCAAAUCCAUACUACGACCAAAAAGUUUCCUACUGGUAGUACCAUAGAAUUAUUAGGUCAAUCAGCUGUAAAUACUAUUUCAUUACUUUUAUC